GGAUUAGGGCACAAUUGAUGGAAGGGAAAAACACAGCGGUUUCCUUCUCAAAUCUCCCCCAAAUUUUCUGUCAAGGUUUCGAUCUUUUGUUGAUAGAAAAAGAAGAUGCCAUCGGAGGAUGCGAAAGCUGUGAGGAAAGAGGAGGCUGAGGAAGACAACAAGAGCUUGAAUUCCUUUGUGAGGAAGAAGGCCAUGAAUGCAAACAAUGCUGGUUCGUCUUCGACAGCUGCGAGGAAACUGAAGAAAGAAGAGAACGAAGACGAUGAUGAUGACAAACCCAUCAAAUCAUCUUUAUCUGGGUCUCGCCCAAAGCCCGUAAAGAAGAAGGAGAUUGAUGAAGACGACGAUGAGAAACCCAUUUCCAAGAGAAAUUCCUCUGCUGGAGCCUCAAAGGAGAAAGAGUUGAAGAAGAAGACAGAGAAAGAAGAAGAAGAAGUAAAGACGAAGAGUAAAGGGAAAGAAGAAGAAGCAAAAAAGAAGAAGAAGACAGGGAAAGAAGAAGAAGCAAAGAAGAAGAGGGAAAAGAAAGUCUAUGAUUUACCUGGUCAGAAGAGAGACACACCUGAGGAGAGAGACCCACUUAGGAUUUUCUACGAGUCACUUCACAAGCAAGUUCCCACUAGCGAAAUGGCUCAGAUUUGGUUGAUGGAGUCUGGGUUGCUUCCAGCUGCAGAAGCGAAAAAAGUUCUUGAGAGGAAACUUCAAAAGAGUGGAAAGUUCAGUUCUCCAGCAAAAUCUGCAGCUUCUACUCCAAGAGCCAGCUCCAAACCAGUGUCCGCGAAGAAGGAAAUAAAAACAUCAUCUGAAGCUUUGUCAGGCAAAAAGAAAGUAAACGAUUCGAAACCAACUGCGAAGAAGCGGAAGAUGGAUUCUGAUGAUGAUGAUGAUUUCCUGGCUAGCAGAGUCUCUAAGAAGUCCAGAGCCAAGUAGUUGAAAUGUGAUUUGAAACUAUUUAAUUGUUAUUUAGGGACUUAAUUUGUAGAAUUCCUCAAAGUCGAAUUCUGUGAGAUCAAUGGCAGAGCUGGUUUAUUGUU